GUCGAUUUCGCCGCUUCGGCCGCUCCUCUUUUUUGAGAGAAGGUCGUGCCUCUUUUCGUCUAGACAUUUUUAUCGUAUUUUUAUCUGUAAUGACUGGGGGAGGAUGGACAGUUUUUCGGAGCACCAUUUCCCUCAAGGCUGCACGGUCGUCACGUCUGCUGUCCAAAAUGUCCUCCAAGAGAGCAAAGUUGACUGAAGAGGAGAGGAAGACAAAGCUGGCUCCUCUGCUGAGUGCAGGAUGGACAACUGUCAAGGAUCGGGAUGCCAUUUACAAGGAGUUUCUGUUCAAGAAUUUUAACCAGUCAUUUGGGUUCAUGACUCGCAUUGCGAUGCAAGCUGAGAAGAUGGACCACCACCCUGAAUGGUUCAAUGUGUACAACAAAGUCCAAGUUACCUUGAGCACCCACGAUGUGGGAGGUCUCUCUGAAAAUGAUGUAAAGCUGGCCAACUUCAUUGAAACUGCAGCCAAGAGUAUGUCUGCAUGAGAUAUUCAAUGCUAACUCCUUCCAUGCUGCCCACAGUUGGCAAAGAAAUCUUGGCCUUGCUAUAUUUUCCGCCGCAAGAUUGCUUGGACCAAGAAAGUUGACUGCUUAUGUUCAGUGGCUAUUAUUGUGUACUGCCACUGAAUAUGCUGUGCCAUAUUUCUUAAAAUAAAAAUGUGCUAAAUGA